UUGUUGGUGGUGGUGUGUGUGUGUGUGUGUGCAGAGAGACUCCGGGGAGGGGAGUUUCUGUCUGUAACUCAGGGAUAAAUAGAGAGGCAGAGCUCAGAGUUUGUCAAAAGGCGGACCUGACAGGGUCACACACAGGACCAAGCAGGAGCAGGACCUCAGCAUUUUGACACUUUAUUACAUAUGGAGAAACAUGAAGAUGUUCAGUACUGUUUUCAAGACGGAAACUCUUCUUGCAGAAAGGCUUUGCUAUCGACAUCUAUCUACAUAACACUGUACAUCUUCUUCUCAUUGAUUUCAGCGGUUACAGUAUUUUUGAACGUACUGGUGAUAAUCUCCAUCUCUCACUUCAAGCAGCUCCACACUCCAACCAACCUGCUCAUCCUCUCUCUGGCUGUGUCAGAUCUCCUGGUGGGACUGGUUGUGAUACCAGUAAUGACUGUAGCAAUAAUGGAAUCAUGCUGGGGUUUUGGGGAAUAUUUCUGUGUGUUUCAGAUCUACGUUACUUUAUUAUGUACUUCUUUAUCUCUGGGUAAUUUGGUCUUGAUAUCUAUUGACCGCUAUGUUGCUGUGUGUGAUCCCUUAUUGUACCACUCUAGAAUAACAAUACCAAGAGUGAUGUGUUGUAUAUCCAUUACCUGGUGUUGUUGUAUCAUAUACCGUGCUGCUAUUAUAAAAAACUUUGUAAAUGUACAGGUACCCAGUCGGUGUUUGAAUGAAUGUUUUAUUGUUGAAGGGUCAAUCUGGGUUAAUAUUAUUGACCUUGUUAUUACAAUGAUUGUCCCAUGCUCUAUUAUUAUAACACUUUAUAUGAACAUCUUUGUGGUGGCCAGAUCACAGGCCAGAAAUGUAUUUUCAAAAGAGGCUGCCAGGGUGUCUGGUGUUAAAACUGUACGGGCAAAUAAGUCGGAGAGAAAAGCAACAAAAACUCUAGCUAUUGUUGUUGUCAACUAUUUCUGUUGUUGGAUUCCAUUUCUAUUUGUUUUCUUCUUUUCUUUUUUAAUUGUUAAUUUAUUAUCAGUUAUCAUCGGCUUUCUGCCUCUUGUUAAUUCCUUAAUUAAUCCAAUAAUUUAUGCUUUCUUUUAUCCAUGGUUCAAAGUGACGGCUAAACAUAUUUUAACUCUGAACUUAAGGCGUUCAUAGUACCAUUGUUUUCAUAUUACCUGUGUUUGCGAGGGAUGGGGGAAAAGUGUGACACCAAUCAGGCCCCCGAGGUCUGGAAUUGCCCUGCUCGAGUCUAGUGGCUCAUUUGGGGCACAAACCUUCAAUAAGUGCAGUAAAAUUUAAAUGUACAAUAUGCACGGUAUCAGAUAACGCCCAAGUAUAACUCAAUAGUGUAUUGUGUAAGUAGUUGAUUGUCAAAUGUAAGAAUAUGCAAUUAUGGGUAACACUUUACAAUAGCGUUCAGUAAUAAACCAUUUCUAAGGUAUUUACAGUUUGCUCACCAUUUAUUAAUCAUUACUCCCACAUUUGUUAAAUGUUAGUCAGAUAGGUAUUCUAAAUGUAUAAAAAAACUACUACGUGAAUUAAUGAUUAAGCACAAAAGGGCAGGAGACAACAGCAGACAGUUCAACCUCAACAUACUGGGUAUGAACUCUACCACUAAUCUCACCACCACUACAUAAAUGUUGCCAGGUCAGGGGUCACACCAGAGCAGCUCUCAGAUGCUGUGGAGUCAGAAUUCAAAUAGAGAUAGGCAACCCUUUAUAAUAACACUUUGUAAUGAAGAAUGUAUAAUGGAAUAGUAAAUAGUUUAUUCAUCAUUCAUGUAUCAUUACUCCCACAUUUGUUUUAAUGAGCUGGUUAUUCACACAUUUAUUAACAACUUUUAUAGUCUGUAAUAAUGAUACAGAAGAUCAUUCAUAAGAUGUUUAAUAAAUAUUCUCAUUUACUGAUG